CCUACCCUAGCACCAAAACAAACCGGCGCAAUAUACCGGCAUAUGUUUACUUCUGCCAGCUGAUUUUUGUGAGUCUAAUACAGCCAACUUACUGAAUAUUUUUAUGUGAAACUUUGUGAACUUAAUUUUUGGAUGUUCUUGAUGUGACUUACUCAAGAUGUUUGGAAAUCGGAGACUAGCAAAGCGCUCAAUUAUAGGCACGAAAAUUUGUGCCGCUUGGCAAGAUGGCCGAUAUUACCCUGGUACCAUUCAGAAUCACCCGGCCGAAGGAGAUAUAUUCAGAGAACCGAAAUACACGGUCCGAUUCGAUGACGGUUACCAGAGAGAUGUAAAUGCUAGUGAUAUUGUGGGACCAGGAUUCAAUAAUGUCUCAUCAAUCACAUUGAAGCACGGACAAAAAGUUUAUUUGACGUUGAACGGGCGGGAGGUACAGGGCUCUGUAGCCGAACACAACCGCUUACAGGACGAGGUCAUUGUAAUUGUUCCAACACAAAGCGGCGACGGGAUUGAACUUAUCCGGAAAAUAGAUGAUUUGCGACUGAUGGAAAGUAGGAAAUCAGCUCGACUGGUCGACCAGGCUACAGACUAUUCAAAACUUGCUGAUUUAAAUGUCCAAGGAGACAAAAAGAGGGCUGUGUCUCACGUCAUCGAUGUCCCGUCCAAGUCCCAGCGGUACCGUCGACCAAGCAGUGAUGAUGAAGAGAGAGACGGUGUACAAACAGAGGAAAACGACGUGGUGAUGAUGGAUGAGACGAUAGCGGCGAUGGUUCUCACGAGUCUGUCAUGUAGUCCGCAGUCUCCUAAGUUUCAGUCGCCACAACUAACAGAUCUGACCAACAAGAGCCCCGCCCCUCUGUCCAGUAGUGUAGCCAGUAGCGGUUUUCACUCGGAAAGAAGUGAUCCCUCCCCGCCUCUCUCCAGCAAUCUCAGUGAAAGUGCCCCUGCGGCGUCCGGCGGCUGGUUCUUUGGGUCAUAUCCGAAAGAUGACGGCGUCGUGCUCGAAGAAAAUGACGAUGAAUACGAUGAUGUGGAAAACAUGGAACCAAAACGAAAGAGGGUCGGAAGCCACGGAUACGAGGGUCACAAAAAGACGGUGUUCAAGUGCACGUGGAAGAAGUGCAACAAAAUCCACGACACUGUAUCCAGUAUCGAAGCUCACGUUCGAACGGCACAUCUUGGGCUUUCAGAAUCCGACAGCAACCUCCUUGAUCAUGAAGAAGAAUUUUACUACACCGAGAUCGAGGUUACAGUGGAUCACGUGACAGAAAAGUUUUCCGACAUGUGCACGUCAUCACCCCCAGAACCAACUGGAAUUGAGUUCGGCAGACCUAUCCCCGAUCACGACUACCAGAAAAAGGAACACAGACAAAAUGUCGGCAACAUGUUCGCUUCGUCAGUGCCUUCUGGCGGAUUUCAACCAGUGACUUCAUCCGGGUCUCUUCCAAUUACUAUGCCACAGAUCAAAAGGUCGUUGUCAUGGCAAAAUAACAAUACCUCUUCCUCAUCUGGAUUGUCGAUGUCACCUUCUGUCCGUUCGUCGAAGCCAUCUCCACAGGAACGUCUUCAGCAACAUCAGGCACAGUCUCCGAAAUCUCACCUUUUCUCGUCUCACAAGAAGCCUCGAAGUGAAGUCCGGAAAUGUCGGAAAGUUUAUGGAAUGGAAAACAGAGACAUGUGGUGCACACAGUGUAAAUGGAAGAAAGCUUGCUCUCGAUUUGCGGACUGAAGUGUCGAGCUCAUUCCAUUAAAACAUUCGACCAAUCAGAAACGUUUUAAUGUCUUUCCAAUGGGAGAUCAGAUUUGAUUGGUCCACAACAAUGGAGUGUCUGGACACAAACAAUAAGGAAUCAGUGAUAAUGCUGACUCAUUCCACAGUCUGAAGUUGACCAAUCAAAAAUAAGCUUUUUAAGAAUACCAUAUUUAGACAGGUCUUGCAUCAUUAAGCUGAAGUCUGAUUGGUCACUCAUUAAUACGGUGGGAACAUUGGUCUGGUGAUUGGUUAUUCUUUAAUAAAAUUGUGAGAAUCGUGCGCACAAUUUAAAACCAUAUUCAGGGAAAAUCAGUGUUUACCAAACCUGUGCACUGGUUGCCACACUGAAUCAUUAUCUGUAAAUUUACCAUCUCCAUAUCACAGAGUUCACAAUGCCCGGAUGUAGAAAAUCCGUGAAACCCGGAUGUCUAUUUUUUACGAUAUUCACACAUUUUAUCCAAUGGAAAUAUUGUUUGCAAUAUAUCUUUAUUAACACAAUGGGAGAUAACUGAAGUUAAUCACAUCGCGAUCUCUAACCAGAAUUGUCGUUCCUGACCUUCUGCGUGUGACUAUUAAUCGAGGAGCCGGUGUCAUUACAGUCAAUGUCAUAACUUGCUAUAUGUCGUGAUGUUUCUGUUGAUGAAUUGUUUGCUGAUGAUUUAUAAAAUAAGAGGCAAUGUCCAAUAUGAAUUUGAUAUUAUUUGAAAACUUAAAAAUUUAGAGAAAAUGGAAUCAGUAUUAAACUUUGACGUCAAUAUCAUAGACAUUAUCGCCAUAAACAUACCAUAUAACUUAUAUAAAUUACACUAAGUUGAGAACAUUUACAUCUACAAAAAACGUACAUUUGAACUAGUUUACGUUUAUUUUAAUCUGAGAUUUUUCUUCUGCUCAUUUCCCCCCAAUAAUAACUAGAAUACGUAUAAAGGGGGGAAAACUCCAUGUAUGAAAAAAAAAACAUCAAUUUUUAUGAUUCUCAACAUUAGAUGUUAUUUCUGGUAAGUUAGGUUUGUUAAAUAUAUUAAUUUGUAACAGAUAAGAAAACAAAUACUCCCAGUGAUGAUCUCGAUAACCAUUAAGAUUCUGGUCAUUGUGUGUGAAUUCAGCGGCUGAUUUACGAUUUAAUCCAUAUAUUAAAUUGUUGUAAUUUCUGAUCGAUUUACACAUUUUAUUACACAUAUUGUAUGCAUUGUGAUAUUGAGGGGAACAAUAUUGUGCAUUACCUCUCUUUUAGGAAGUAGACUCGCCCAAACUGUAUAGAUAUGUGAAUAGCUGACCAGUCUAUUCUUGGUAAUGAUGGUAGAGCGACGUUCUCAAUGUCUUUCAUACUUGUUGCUAAUUGUUAAAUGUUGCCACUCAUAUUGUGAUCAUAUACUGUUUUAAAAUUGUUUUUUAGUUUAAGAGUAGAUUAAUAUCAUUAUAUAUAUAUAUAUCAUAAUAUUAUAUCCAUAUGACAUCAAGCUAUGUCUUGUCGAUAACAUGUCUCCUUUAUCGCAGAAAUAUGCCACGCCCCCUACUAGGCCACGCCCUUCAGACUUUUUGCUCUCCAACUUUCAUUUUGUACAAAGGUUGGACCGGAUACUGGUCCGACUUUUGUUUUUUUUUCUUAUCGCCCUUUACUUAUAGAAUUCCGUAUUUUAUAUGGACUGUAUGCUUUGUUUUGUUGUUCAAUUCCGAGAAAAAAAACAAUGUAUUGGUUUCCUUGACGACCCGAUUACAUGAGUAUCUCCUCUUUAUUCAGGAACAAAGAUUUGUCGUUCUUUUCAUUACUAAGGGAGAUAACUAUAUCCUUCGAGUUACAUGUCAGAGAGCCAUUCCACCAAGCUAGACUAAAAUUUAAUAAAGCUGUGUAUAGUUAACUUGCCACAGUAAGGGAAACAGGAACAUCCAUUCAUUUCUAAAGCUACCAAAUGGAAACUGAAUGGUCCUAUGACGUGUCAUUGUUUGGAAACCACACAAUUGAUGGACGAAAAUUCAACUUGUUCUAUAGUAGGUCAUUUGGAUUAAUGAAAACAAAUUGCCAUUUGCAUGUCUUAAAACUGGUUUGGUUUCUUUAAAUCCGACGAAAAAGAUUCCGUUUUAACAAAUAUGACGCUGAUGAAUUGCUAUACGUAUUGUAUUAGUAAACCAAACAAGGAAAAAUUAUGUUAUGCUACCUUACUAUAUAUGAUGAAUAUCUACGGGUUAUCUACCCUUUGAGAUAACAACAUUGAUGCAUGUCAAGGGCAUUUCGUGUCAUUUACUUCUGUUAAAAUCUUUGAAUUGGAUGUUUAUGUUGAUUUUCAUACUAUUGUUCAGUGCAAUCAUUCUGUUGAUUUUUAAAGCUGUUAAGUUUAUAUUUGAAUUUAACCAGAAAAAAAAAGGAAUGUAUAUAUAUUUGCUGUUGUUCGACGUAGGCUUGUUAUUUCAAUUUUGCCUUUUUGUAAUAUCUCGGAAUGCAGUCCUUUCCAUACAUGGUAGACUGGUACGCUGCUCGGUUCCAUUUUGCGGAACUGUUGGUUAUUCUGAAUCACGGAAAUGCUUUUUUUUUUAAAGGCAAAGAAAACAUCUCUUGGUCUCUGAUGUUAAUAAAAAAAAAAAAAAAAACAUUUAAAUGGAAAUAAUUAUUUUUUUCGGUCUUUUCAAAAUCUAGAAGUAGAUGAAAAUUGUUUAAAGAAAUGAAUCUCGAAAUUGAAACAUACGUAUACAAUGUAUCUGAAAUAAAGUUAGCAUGAUACUUUCAUUAUGGUUUCUGUUUCAUCAUCGUUCUUUAACCUAAAAUUUUCCGUAGAAAAUCAUUACUAGAUUUUUUUUUUAAAAACCCGAUAUAAAUCAAAUGUUAGAAAGUUUUCUUCAAUUAUGAAAUGCUUUGAUUCACACGAGAAUUUUUUUAGAAACUUUAAAAGUUAAGUUGAUGAAACUAGAACCAUAUGCCAAUAAAUAAAAAGAAUAAUUUUAUUUACAUGUUAUUGAAUUUCAUUUUAAAUUUCUGUUUAGAAUAAUAGAAAAUGUCACUUUCUUUAACAAAUUUGAGUCACGUCUUGUCCACUGCUAAAUUACAUUUCCUGUUUACUUAUGUUCGUACGUUUUGGUGGAGGGGUGCAUGACGGCCUAGCUGUAGAUCUAUCCGGAUAUAUUAACAUAUACCGUUUUAGAAAUUAUAUAUUUUUUGUCACUGUAGAUCUUAAUUAGUGCUUUUAUCGUUAUGUGUAUUAUUAACAGUGUACACACAGGGGCCAGGUACAUUCAUGUAGCAUUGAUGAAUGUGUUGUUAUUACUUGAUGCAUGUGGCCCCUGUGUUUAUGUAACUAUAUUUUAUUUUCCGUUUUUGGAUCCUAUUUACAUUAGACAUGUAAGACACAUCUUGUAAAUACCUUUUUCACUCAUCAUGAAGUCACGCAUCAUUGAAAAUAAAUGAUUAUUUUUCUACCUGCUGAUAGGAACCAUAAAGACAAGCCGUUUUGUUGUAAAGUUGUUCAUGCUUAAAUGUUGGGACGAAAAUGUAUGAUAACAUUGAUAUAUAUAUAUUAUUUCGAAAAUAUUUGAUUUGCUUCCUUGGCUUAUUUUACUUAUUCUGAAAUCAGAAAAUAUUGAUUACGUUUUGUAAGACAAUUAUCCAUAAUUCUUGAUAUUGUCAAUUUAAUGACACCAUAUUUUUCUCUUUAAGUUGUGCAUUAUUUGAUGAUCAAAAAAUUGUUAUCAAAGGUGAGAGCGAAUGGAUACACUUCCAUAUCUAAAAUGCUUAUUUAUUUUACUUAGUAAUUGCGAAGUUAUAUAAACGUUUACUAAUACCCUUGUUAAUCCGGAUGGUUCAUAAUACAGUGACGGUUUAUCACAGUUCAGCUGCAUGGUCCAAUCUUUUGUGGCUGUUAAAACAAUUAGCAAUGCCGAGCUUGGUCAGCUUGUGGAUGGGAAACCGCUCUAUUAUACACAAUAUUCAUUCGAAACACCUCGGCCGAUCCGCUGCGGUCAUCUUUGAUGAAAGGUACUGGCCUAAUUAGGACGUAAACUUUUUACUAUAGUUCGGCUUUUCCGUCUGAUGCAAUUUCAAAUGGUGACGCAUGCUCAAACGAAGUCUAGUUGCUAAAGUCGGAACAAGUGGUUUAGUAAAGUCGAC